UUUUGAAACCCUUGAAAUAUAACAAAUUAUAAAUAGAUACAUUAACUGUGAAAUGCAUUACUUUUUUGCUCUAAAACAAAGGACUAUCAACAACUGUUUACAAAAACUGACACAAACUGUUUAAAAAGAAUUUACAGUAGCCUUCAAAACUUUAUUGGUUUCACCCAGAGAAAAAACAUCUUAAAGCAUAUAAAUAGAACAUCAUUAUUGAAUUUUUCUUGCGCUAAGGCAAGAGUUAUUUCAGCGACAACACCAACAAAGAAAAAAGAAAAACCAUAAUGGCAAUUGUGCGAAGGUCAUUGUGGAGGUAUGGUCAUAGCUGAGUCGAGGAUCUUUGUUCUAUUAUUCGAGAAAACGAGAAAAACGAUGCUGGACUAAAAACAAUCUUUCUACAAUAAAACAAUGGACAAUCAACGUUUAUGAAUAUACCCAGUAUUACCAGUAAGAGUACCUAGCAUGAUGAGUAAGAGCAUUACUGUUACUAGUAUAAUGACUAAGAAUAUUAUUAUUACUAGUAUAAUGAGUGAGAGCAUUACUGUUACUAGUAUAAUGACUGAGAAUGUUACUAUUAAUAGCAUAAUGAGUAAGGAUAUUAUUAUUACUAGCAUAAUGAGUAAGAUUAUUACUACUACUAGUAUAAUGAGUGAGAGCAUUACUGUUACUAGUAUAAUGACUGAGAAUGUUACUAUUACUAGCAUAAUGAGUAAGGAUAUUAUUAUUACUAGCAUAAUGAGUAAGAUUAUUACUACUACUAGUAUAAUGAGUGAGAGCAUUACUGUUACUAGUAUAAUGACUGAGAAUGUUACUAUUACUAGCAUAAUGAGUAAGGAUAUUAUUAUUACUAGCAUAAUGAGUAAGAUUAUUACUACUACUAGUAUAAUGAGUGACAGCAUUACUGUUACUAAUAUAAUGACUAAGAAUAUUACUAUUACUAGCAUAAUGAGUAAGGAUAUUAUUAUUACUAGCAUAAUGAGUAAGAUUAUUACUACUACUAGUAUAAUGAGUGAGAGCAUUACUGUUACUAGUAUAAUGACUGAGAAUGUUACUAUUACUAGCAUAAUGAGUAAGGAUAUUAUUAUUACUAGCAUAAUGAGUAAGAUUAUUACUACUACUAGUAUAAUGAAGCAUUACUGUUACUACAUAAUGAGCAAGAGUGUUACUACUACUAGUAUAAUGAGUAAGAAAAUUACUGUUACUAAUAUAAUGACUAAGAAUAUUACUAUUACUAGCAUAAUGAGUAAGGAUAUUAUUAUUACUAGCAUAAUGAGUAAGAUUAUUACUACUACUAGUAUAAUGAGUGAGAGCAUUACUGUUACUAGUAUAAUGACUGAGAAUGUUACUAUUACUAGCAUAAUGAGUAAGGAUAUUAUUAUUACUAGCAUAAUGAGUAAGAUUAUUACUACUACUAGUAUAAUGAGUGAGAGCAUUACUGUUACUAAUAUAAUGACUAAGAAUAUUACUAAUACUAGCAUAAUGAGUAAGGAUAUUAUUAUUACUAGCAUAAUGAGUAAGAUUAUUACUACUACUAGUAUAAUGAGUGAGAGCAUUACUGUUACUAGUAUAAUGACUGAGAAUGUUACUAUUACUAGCAUAAUGAGUAAGGAUAUUAUUAUUACUAGCAUAAUGAGCAAGAGUAUUACUACUACUAGUAUAAUGAGUGAGAGCAUUACUGUUACUAGUAUAAUGACUGAGAAUGUUACUAUUACUAGCAUAAUGAGUAAGGAUAUUAUUGUUACUAGUACAAUGAGUAAGAGUAUUACUAUUACUAGCAUAAUGAGCAAGAGUAUUACUAUCUCUAGAAUAAUGAGUAAGAAUAUUAUUGUUACUAGUAUAAUGAGUAAAAGUAUUACUAUUACUAGCAUAAUGAGCAAGAUAUAA